ACAAAAAAAAAAAAAAGCCUCACGCAGAAUGAAGAAUGACAAAAUGAGGAAGCAAAACGCAAAUUAAAAAAAAUCUUCUUCACAGUUAUCCGGAAAAAGUAAGGUCGUGGUAAUCGAUGCGCUUACUUCUGCUUUACCAGAAAGACGGUGUAGCGCCGCGCAUGCAGCAGCAGCAGAAGAAGAAGAAGACAAAAAAAAAAAAAAAAAAAAGGCAGUGUUGCGGUAGGGCAACUGCAGAAGUGAGCAUGUGUGUGUGUGUCUGUGUGUGUGUGUGUGUGGGUUUCUCUCUCUGGCCAAUGGGACGGCAGGAAAGCGAGCUCUCUCCUCGACAUGGAGCCGCGUUUCCCCGCCCAGGUUUUAAAAGCGCCUGGUUGUCAGUGACAGCUCAGAUAAUAUGCCUGUGAGACACCAAGUAGGAGUGAACCCCAAAAAUUUUUUUUUUUUUUUAACCAACACACACACACACACACACACACACACACACGCUCCUGAGACCCUGAGAUGUUUUUUCCCUGAGCGGUGACCCUGCAUCGGACCUCUACUCAUUAUCUCUUGUGUGGACUACAUGCAAACAAUCAUGAACAAACUAGCGAAAGCCCUGUACGACAACACAGCGGAGUCUGCGGAUGAGCUCGCCUUCAGAAAAGGGGACAUUGUCACGGUGAUGAAUCAAAAUGUGGCCGGCACCAGCGGGUGGUGGAUGUGCUCUCUGUACGGACGCCAAGGCCUGGCCCCCGCGAAUAGACUGAAGCUCUUAACGCACACCGGAAGCGCUGAGGAGCACUCGAGUGUGAACGUGGUGGAAAAACGGAUAUCGGGCCAUGCUCAAACAGACGACUGUGUGCAAAAUAUCUACCAGAUCCCGAGUGUACCGCGGCCGACCACCACCCCCACCAGCAGCCCUGCGUACGAACGCAUGGACAUCAUCUACAAGGUCCCGUCAAUUCCUUUAACGGCCUCGAGUUACCCUAUCCCAUCGGCGUAUAUGCACAGCACAGAAGGUUCUGAGGGACAAAAGCUUCCAAACAUGGCGUCCAGUCCAAAGAGGGAGGUUUAUGACGUCCCGGGCCAAGCAAGACGAGUUUCUCUUGAAUCCACCGCUCCCAGACAAAUGCCACGAAAAUACUCGAUGUUUUCAGCCUCACAGCUGGAGAAGAAAUUUGACUCUGCGGAGAAUUUGAGGUGUAGCAGUCCAGGAGACUCUUAUGUGUAUGCGGUUCCACCACCUCUGCCUCUGGACCCAAACUAUGACAUCCCCGUUCCCUCCGCCACAGAAUCCCAAAAGACAAACAUCAGUGGAUACUGCACCCUUCCCAACCCCAGCAGGACUCAGUGGAUCUACGACGUGCCGACGAGUGCCGAGAAACAAAGCUGCCCUCAAAGCCUCUACGACACCUUGCCCCCCAAAACCGACUCCAGCAGGCUCUAUGACACUCUUCCAGUACACGCUCUGCCGAUUAAGAAAGACAGCCCAACUUCCUCACUUUACGAUAUUCCAAAACCCAAUUGUCCCGAUAUCCCGACUCCACCUAAAGUGGUGCCAAGGGUCCCCCUUCGCAACAGCCCGCCAUCUCAUAGCCUUACAGAGGAGUCGGUAUACGCUGUUCCGCCUCAGGAGGAACCCCUAACCCGCGUUGUCAGAGAUUCUCCCGGUGAUCCUAAACCCUUUGAAUGCAGGGGGGACUCGAGAAACGUUUAUGAACUCAAAAGGGUGCGCUUGCAGCGGAUGAGGAACUUUCUCGCCUGCACGUCCUUCGCUGACCUCCCGAUGAGCGGGGAGUCGCUGGUGCAGGAAGACCGAGGCCGAGCCCCGUGUCUCUCCGCAGCGGACAGUCAAAGGAUCAGCACGGCGUCCAGCUCCUCCAGCAGCUCCUGUGACUCUCUGGGCAUGAGCUCGUCUUCUCCCGAGCCCCUUCGAGAAGUGACUCUCAGUCAGGAAGAAGCCUGCCGUAGACUCCUGGAGCUGAAGGAGUGCGUUUGCAAGGCCGUGCCCCGACUCAUGGACUUCGUCAGCAGCCACUGGAGGUGCAAGCAACACCUCGAGAAGCACCUCCCCGAGAUCAAGGAAGCAGCCGAGGGGAUUGCGUGUUCCGUGACGAGCUUCCUGAACUUCGCCCUGGACGUUAAGGGCAACGCCAGCCGUUUGACCGACUCCAACCUGCAGGCCAGACUCUGCAAACAGCUUUCCAUCGUAGAGGACUCUGGUGUGAUCCUGCAACAAACAGUGAGCGCUCUGAACUUGGCCGGCUGGCCCCUCAACAGUCUCUGUCAGGAGCCGGGCCAGAGCUUGACGCCCGACCAGCUGGAGCGCUUCGUUAUGGUGGCACGCACUAUUCCAGAGGACGUCAAGCGCCUCGUGUCCAUCGUCAACGCCAACGGGAAGCUUCUGUUCAGGGCUCCUCUGAAAGAUCCAGACUCCGUUAACACCACAGGACCCUCAGAGACAAAGAAAAGUCCUGAUGGAAGUGAACACGGACACGAAUUAGUGGAGGACGACAAUGACUAUGUAGAGUUGCAGAAAAAGGGUGAGGAAUGCAAGGAGAAGGAUGUGCAACGUGACGUCCAGAAGAAACCAAAAGAAAGUGUCACAUCAGUCUCCAACACAGCACAAGCCGACAACAAGCGUUACUCCUCUGACUCCGGCAGCGGAUCGGAAGAGCAGCGAUCGGCCUCCCUGUCCGAGCACAUCCGGCUUUACUUCGGCGCUCUGCAAAAGGCCAUCGGGGGAUUCGUGGGCAGCCUACAGGACAAACAGCCGCCCGAGAAGUUCAUCUCACAGAGUAAGCUGGUGAUCAUGGUGGGCCAGAGGCUGGUGGACACCCUGUGCAGGGAGGCCCAGCGCAGAGGCUCCUGCCAAAACCUCCUGUGCAAGAGCAACCACCUGUGUGCUCUCCUGAAGCAGCUGGCCGUGGCCACCAAGAAGGCGGCACUGCACUUUCCAGACAAGCAAGCUCUGCAAGAGGCUCAGGAGUUUGCGAAGGAACUGGCCCAAAGAGCGCAGCACUUUCGGAUAUCUCUCGAUCUGUGACAGUGCACAAACCGUAAAAAAAGCAUGCUGAUUUUGGUUGUGCAGAAAAAAAACUCAUCAGUCAUUUAGCUACUUCCUUGUUUUGUUUUGUUUUUUUUUCUUUGUUUUUUUUUCAUUAUCAAGCUUCACUUUGCAGGCGCUUGUUGCUGGAUGUCGGCGUCGUAAUAAACGAAACACCGCUGGCUCGGGGAAAGUGUACGCGAAGAGGAGCGACAGUGGGGUUCCAAAAAUAAAUUGCACAUUUAGCAUAUUGUAUUUAAGCCAAUUACAAUAUCUGAAAAAAGUAUAAAUAUUAAAAAAAAAGUAUCAGGUAUACUGUAAAAUACAAUAUAUAAUUAAGGGCAAUUUUAUGUUCCUUGAGUAUUUUUUUUUCUUUUUUUUAUGUGGAUGUUUCUUUAAAAUGUUAAAAGUAUAUUCUCCAGGGUAACAGUUUGAUAUAAUCUUCUUUUUUGUGAAAAUACCGCCUGUAUGUAGGCAUCUUAUAAAAAUGUGUUAUGCAUUCCUACACGUUACUUGACAAAAGACAAGAAAAGACAAAGACAAAAGAGUACGACACACGUUGGAUUUUUGUUCAUAUUAAAAUUCAAAACUGAAAGCAUUGUA